AUGCUCCGUGGUUUGACUGGCAGCGUUCCCGGCCACCCAGUUCGAGUCAGGCAGGCUAUUAUGCGAACCCCGGCUGGAAUUCUUGCCGAGGCUGAAGAUGCGGAGCGCUUAUUGGCCGGCGCUGUUGGAGAUGCCGUGCGGGAAUCUCGUGACGCUGCCUACGACGGAUACUCCAAAACUAGCUACGGCGCCCAAGGCGGCGAUGAUUCUGGCGGCUUCUUCGCUGGAGGGGGUUCACAGCAAGGCAGCCAAGGUGGUGGCGGCAAGUCAUACCAGGAUGAAUCAUUACGACCCUUGACAAUCAAGCAAAUCCUCGACGCAGAGGAGCCGUACUCUGGUGCAGAAUUCAAAGUGGACGGCACUCCCAUCACACAAAUCACAUUCGUCGGCCAAGUCCGCAGCAUAAACCCACAGCAGACCAACCUGACAAUCCGGGUCGACGACGGCACAGGGCAGAUUGACGUCAAGAAGUGGAUCGACGCAGACAAGCAAGGCGACGCAGAACCCGGCUUCGAGAUUGAUUCACACAUCCGCGUAUGGGGCCGCCUAAAGUCCUUUUCCAAUAAGCGACACGUUGGAGCCCACGUCAUCCGGCCAGUGACAGACUUCAACGAGGUCAACUACCACCUGCUGGAGGCAACCUACGUGCAUCUAGUAAACACCCAAGGCCCUGCCGGUGCAGGAGGAAACGCCAACGGAGAUAGCAUGUUCGUUGACGGCGGCGACGGCUUCAAUGCCGGCGCUGGUGGCGCCCAACUCCCCAGCAAGCUCUCUGGAUGCAGCGCUGCUGCUAAGAAAGUAUACAGCUACUUGAACGACACACCUGGGGGCAACGACGGAAUGCAUCUGAGCAACAUUACGGGAGGGACGGGCAUGGGAAUGCGGGAAGUCAUCACUGCGGCAGACGAGCUUUUGGGACAGGGCCUGAUAUAUACAACUGUGGAUGACGAGACAUGGGCGAUUUUAGAUUACUAG